CAGCCAAUCAAAUGAUGAGAACAUUUUGUGAACUCUUGUGCGGACAUACGCCACAUUUCUCUUUUACGUCAACCUCGUCAAGAUGGCACCGAAAAGGCAGACUGUUGUGAAAAGGAAUAAAAAGGGUGCUUCCUGGAAAUUCACCCUUGAUUGUACUCACCCUGUGGAGGAUGGGAUCCUUGACUCUGGCAACUUUGAAACCUUUCUGAAAGAGAAGGUGAAGGUUAAUGGCAAAACAGGCAACUUGGGAAAUGUAGUGCAAAUUGUGCGUCAGAAGAACAAAAUCAGCGUCACAUCAGAGAAGCAGUUCUCUAAAAGGUAUCUUAAGUACCUCACGAAGAAGUACCUGAAGAAGAACAACCUGCGAGACUGGCUGAGGGUGGUGGCGUCGGAUAAGGAAAGCUAUGAGCUGCGCUACUUCCAGAUCAGCCAAGAUGAUGAAGAAUCUGAUGCUGAUGAAUGAAUAGGUGUAUCAGGGUCCUGCAGAAGUUGUCACCUCUUCAAAUGCAGGGCUACACAUUUUAAUUUGUGCUUGUAAAUAAAAAGAUACAAACAGAAAUGAAGUGUCAUGUGUUUAGUGGUAGUAAAUGCUCUGUAAUGGGGUUAAUUUAUAAUUAAGAUGGUACAAGGGUAAAAGAGUUAAAUAAGAUUCAUUAACAAACUUGUUGCCAGUGGUGUCUAAGA